GGGGGGCAGGGCAGCACAGAGAGAGUUAUGCCUAGAAAUUUUUCUGCAAGCAGUGAGAGACUUAAGCUACUCCCAUCCAUUCUUAAGCCCAUCUUCACACGCACCACCUCUGUGGCGAGGUUUUCAUUUUCAGACAAGGUUAUCAAAUUCAGCACAUCUGGGCACAGCUCAGACAUGGGGGUGGUAGUGCCCCAAGGAAACGAUGCGGCUGCUCAGAAGCCCAUUGCAGCCACCUGCAGGGCUGUAAAUCCUGCUGCUUUGACCAAGUGAAAGACUGAUUUGUAAUGACUUCAGACAAGUUUCAUUGCGUUUAGUAAGUUCCUAGAGGUGCUGGCAUAAACAGAGACUAUCCCUUCACCUGGUGUUAUGUACUGGGGCUUUGUAGCACGCACAGCAGCUCCCAGCUAGCAUUGGGCUUGCAGUGUCCCUGGUCACAGAGCUGCAAGUUGGCUGCCCUAAAGAGUGGAAUCAGUGUCUCUCUGUUUUGUUUUCUUGGGUUUUUUUGUUUGUUUGUUUGUUUGUUUUUUGUCCCCCCCCCCCCCCCCGGUUUUGAAGUCCUGGGGUUGUUUAACUCCGAUUUUGGCUUGACCUGGAGAAACUCCAAGGAGGAGGCAGGUGAGGCUGGCAGAGCUGUGACAGUGGCUCUGUCUGUGUUAAUGUCGGCUGCCCAUGAGCAGCAAGUUUAGAGCUCAGGUUGGCAUGGUUAGUGGAAGUUGCUGGAAGCCUUUCUGACUUGAGAGUCAAGAUUUCUUCAAGCCAAGUCUGCUGAGGGGUCAAAUUUUUAUCCUUUAUGAAAGUGCUUACAUGUAAUUCUUCAGACAGCCAGUGACUUUAGCUCAUUUUUAUUAAUUAAGCAUGAAGCAUUCUUUGUAUCCUGAUGUUCUGCAGACACCUGAGCAACACUUCCUAGAAUCACGCAGACGUCUGUGCUUAUUGUGCUUCUCACGCUGGCUGAUGAGGAAUGGUACACAGCGUUUCUCUGUGUGUCUGACCUCUCAGGUUGGAGGCUGUAAAAUUACCAAUAAACAGUCGGCUCGUGAUUGUAUCUCAAGGACAGGAUGUUCUCUCUGCUAAUUGGGAGAAAGGGGGAGAAUUCUUCUGACCACUUUCAGAGGACACAUCUCAAACCAUGAAAGCAUAAUCUCUUAAUAAUUCUGGAAGAUUCUCGCUCAGAGGCAUUUAAGCACUUAGAAACGUUUCCUCAUAAAGAAAGGCUUAUGACAUCUCUCUCAAAUGUCUACCACUGCCCUUUCAAAUGUGACAAGGACCCCGUGGGCACAAUUCUCUGCUCUGCUGUCUUAUCUGUACAAUGGUUCCCACUGCAGACCCUGAACUUUUACACUGAAGUCCCAUGUGCAGAAAUACGAAAGAUGCAUCAGAGUCUGUAUUGCAGAUCGAAUAUAAGUUUUGCAAUGGAUCUGACAAAGAGUGUGUGUCUCCCACAGCCAAAUUCACUAAGAAGGAAACACUGAAGGUCCAAAAAAAAAAUUACAGACAGGAGAAGAAAAGAGCUACCAAACAACUCUUCAGUGCCCUGAAGGAUCCCAGCGUAGUGAUCACAGCGGACUGGUUGAAGAUUCGUGGGACCCUGAAGAGUUGGACUAAGCUGUGGUGUGUUCUGAAACCUGGAGUGCUGUUGAUUUAUAAGACGCCAAAGAUCGGACAGUGGGUUGGGACAAUCUUGCUCCAUUCUUGUGAGCUGAUCGAGAGACCCUCCAAAAAGGAUGGCUUCUGUUUUAAACUUUUUCAUCCUUUGGAUCAGUCCAUCUGGGCUGUAAAGGGCCCAAAGGGAGAAAACGUUGGUUCCAUCACUCAGCCUCUUCCCAGCAGCUACUUGAUUUUCAGAGCAGCCUCCGAAUCGGAUGGCCGAUGCUGGCUGGAUGCUCUGGAACUUGCCCUGCGUUGCUCCAGCCUCUUCCGGCUCAGUGCCUCCAAGCAGGGAAAGGAUGGAGAAAUGAAUGGCUCAAGUGAUUCUGCACCUGCGGGGCUCAACAAUGGCUUGCACGCAAGCACCAUCUCAGAGCAGGAGUUCUUCCAUUUGAACGAUUCAGCCUUGGAGAACCACCACCAGUUGGAAAAUGAUGCUUUUUCGGACAAGUCUGAGAGAGACAACAUGGAAGAGUCGGAGAAUGAAACGCAGGAGAACAGCCGGAAGACAAAUGAAAGCGAGAGCGAUCAGUCAGAAGUCCAUGGAGAGGUUUCUCCGGGAAGGAAAGGGACAACUUACGUUGAACAGAUCUAUGAGGAAUUCGGAGAGACAGGUGAAUCGUCUCAAACAGAAACUGUCUCUGAGGAGAACAAGAGCCUGAUAUGGAUCCUGCUGAAGCAGCUGCGGCCUGGCAUGGAUCUGUCUCGGGUGGUGCUUCCCACCUUCAUCCUGGAGCCACGCUCAUUCCUGAACAAGCUCUCCGAUUACUACUACCAUGCUGACCUGCUUUCCCAGGCUGCCCUUGAAGAUGAUCCGUACAGUCGAAUGAAGCAAGUUUUGAGGUGGUAUCUGUCUGGCUUCUACAAAAAGCCAAAGGGAAUAAAAAAGCCAUACAACCCUAUUCUUGGAGAGACAUUUCGUUGCUGUUGGUUUCACCCUCAGACAAACAGUCACACGUUUUACAUAGCAGAACAGGUCUCCCAUCACCCACCAGUGUCAGCUUUUCAUGUCAGCAAUAGGAAGGAUGGGUUCUGCAUUACUGGCAGCAUUCUAGCUCGGUCCAAGUUUUAUGGUAACUCACUUUCUGCAUUGCUGGAUGGGAAGGCAAAGCUUAUGUUUCUAAACAGAGGGGAAGAUUACAUAAUUACAAUGCCGUACGCCCACUGUAAAGGAAUUUUAUAUGGUACCAUGACAAUGGAGCUUGGAGGGAAAGUUACCAUUGACUGUGAGAAAACUAACCACAGGGCAGAACUGGAAUUCAAGCUUAAGCCCUUAUUUGGUGGAAGCACAAGCAUUAAUCAAAUCUCUGGGAAGAUCAAAUCAGGAGAAGAAGUGUUAGCAAAUCUCGAUGGACACUGGGAUGGGGAAGUACAUAUAAAUGAGUUGAAAAAUGGGAAUGCGGAAGUGUUCUGGAACCCAACUAGUGAAGUACGAAAACAGAGACUGAAGCGCCACAUUGUGCUAUUUGAGGAACAGACUGACUUUGAGUCAGAAAGGCUUUGGCAGCAUGUUACGAGUGCAAUAAACAAAGGUGAUCAACACAAGGCGACACAGGAAAAAUUUGUGCUGGAGGAGGAGCAGAGGAAUGCUGCCCGCGAGCGAAGAGAGAAUGGCACAGAAUGGAAACCGCUGCUCUUCCGGCAUGAUUCCACGACUGAUGAAUGGCGCUACAAAUACGAGGAUUUAAGACCUUGGGAUCCUUUGAAUGAUAUUGCCCAAUUUGAGAGGAAUGGGAUACUGCAGACCAUGGAAAGACAUUUAUCUACAAGGAUGUCAAACCAUAAAGCAACAUGCAUGAACAAUCAAAUUACGCUGCACAAGAGAUCUACCAAAGAGUGUAGACGCCGUAAAACCAGUGAUCAGCCAUCCAACCACAGCCAGAAUACGGAGAGCAGCUGUUCAACACCAGAGUCUGUACAAGAGCUGUCAGAUGAUGAUGGCAAGUAUCUAGGGUUUGAUAGUCUGUGCACUCAGUGUGGGAAAGAAAUGAAUCAGCUAAAGGAAAUUCGUUCAGCCGUCUUAUCUCUACAGAGAGCCCAACAGGAUAUACGCAGAAACCUCAGUGCUCUGAACAAAAAAUCCUUCCACAGGAAGGUCACUUCUGGAAGCUUUCUGCUGGACUCUCGCUGUUGGUUUCUCCUUUGCAUCUUUCUUACAUGUCAACUAUUCAUCAAUUAUGUCUUCAAAUAAACGCACCACGUUUGGCAGCAAUAACGACUACUGGCUGCAGGAAGGGGGGGCACUCACAUGAGGAGUCCAGCGAGGCACCAAAGCACUUUAGAACCAACGCAGCAGAGAUGGAAGAAAGUUGAAAAACAAGGUGGAAAAGGGACCUAGGAACUUUGUUCCUGCAGAUUAUGUCAUUUUUGCCUUUUACAUGUACAUCUUCAAGGACCUCUUAACCUGUAUGGGCCUUAAUGCUGAAGCCAAAUGUAGCUUUAAUUGUGCAAUUUGUUUUCUAUGUCUCAUCAUUUUUUGAUGCAAUUACUAAUUACCCACCAGUAUCGGUACCCCCAAAAUGGUAGAACACAGCAGUGUUUUAGAAUAGGCACACCAGCCUGGUUUGUAGCUCUCCAAGGAAGGGAGUAUAGCUGGGGAGCUGUACGGAACUGAUGUCCACAGUGCCUGUCUGGCUACAUUUAAUUAUGGGAGGGAGCAUACUUGGUCCAAAAAACCCAGCCCCCAGGGUGUUAGGUCAUAAUUUGUUUUGUCAGCACACACAUGCAGAACGGGACCUCAGGAUAUUUUGUUCUCCAUUCCACAGUAACUGUAAAUAUGCACAACUUCCGAGUGCCAUUCCUCUUCAGGAAAUGGGAAGUGUUCAGUGAAAGCUCCUGAUUCACUUCCAGAGCUGACUGGUGUCCUGGACUGGGCCCACGGAGCAUCAUGUCGGACGCGUCUGCUCGUAAAACCUGGUCACUUACUAUUAUUGUUAUUAUUUGCUAUAUGGCUGUUUUAUAAUAUUACACAAAAGCAUUGUAGAGAGGAAUCACUGCCCCAGGAGAGGUGAGAAGGACAGGAGCAAUGGGUGUACAUGUGUUUGGUUGUAGGCACUUUUAUUGUGAAAGGUCAGGAAGGAGGAAGGGUUUUGCCACUGCUUUGUUCAAAUCUGUUAAUAGUCUUCCUAUUUUACACCAUUUUUAAAAGAUUUGCAAUAUUUUCUGUAGACUGCAGACAAUACUAAGCCUUUCUUUUCUGGCCUGAAGUAGAUCCAAGUGGUAAGUACUGCUAUAUAUACAGCCUUAAAAUACUUAGUGGUGGUGCCAGUCUGGGCUAUCUUUCAAUGUAAAUGUUUCCAAAUUUUUAACUACAUUCCUCGUCAUGUUCCCCAAGUAGGGGAAACCUGUUUGUGCUUGAUAUGUUGAAAUAAAAUUACACACAACUUUC